AUGACGCAAUAUCAAGAAACUGAUACAUUUCCACAAAAUCCUAUUAUAAAAGCUCAAACUAAAACAAAUAGUUUUAGUUAUGAAAUUAUACAAGAAGGUUAUUAUCCUUUAUCACCUAUAUUAGUAUAUACAUUUCCUCCUAAUAAAUAUAAAAUACCUGAUAAAUAUAUCGUAAAAACAAUUUUCGGCAAGAGAUCUAAUCAACAAAUAAUUAAAUGUUCAAUUAAUUAUAUAAAUAACAAGCCUUUAUAUCAUAUUGAAUUUGAAGAUCAAGUUGUUGAAUCAAAAAAAUCCACCAGUGAAGCAGCUAAUUUGUAUAAAGACAUAUUAAACAAAAUAGCUAAAUUAAAAAAUCUGAUUAAAUUAUGUAGUUCUACUCGAUUUAAUGGAAUAGAAAUUUUUGGAUUACAAUUACAAAAUAUUAAAAAGAUUCGAGAAAAUAAACAUAGAAAACAUAAUUUAAAACCUUUUAAUCAAUUAGCAAAUUCAUCUCAAAAAAUACAAUGGUUAAUAUCAGAAAUGCGAGCUAAAAUUACAGCUGAAAUGUCUCAAGCAAUUAAAGUUUAUACAUUUAAUUUUGAAGAAUUAAUAGAUAAUGAAAGUUUUUAUGAAAAAGAAAAUUAUAAAAUAGAAAAAGAAAUCUAUCGAUCACUAAAAGAUAUACUUAACUAUACAAUACCGGCAUGGUUAGAAAAUGGAGGCUUAAGUAUUCAAGACCCUGUUUUAAGAAUUCGACUUUCUGGUGAUGGGCGUAAUAAAAUCAGCAAUUAUGGAAAUUAUGGAUCUUGA